UGGUUUACAUUAUCUUAAUAACAUUUUCAUAGUAUUAGCCUCUUGUUUCUCUUCAUUGUACAUUUUCCACAGCAACCAUGUCUCGUCGAGAAACCAACCCUCACUUUUCUAGACCAGUGCGACCCCAGAAUGCAGAUCAGCAGCAGCCAAAUAUUCCAACAGUGCCACACCAACACUACCGUGGCCAACCACCUAUUCCUGUAGCAGCACCUAUACAAGAUGUAUCUCAGCAUCCCCAGCCUCAUUUUCCAUUGCCACACCAUUCUGAAGAUCAUGUUCCAUUACGUGCAGAUCAUGAUAGUCGUUUUCCAUUGUCACACCACCCUGAAGAUCACGUUCCACUGCGCGCAGAUCACGAUAGUCGUUUUCCACAUCCCCUUGAGCAAGAAGGUCAUCAUCAACCACCUAGUUUACAAGUUCCACGAAGGGGGGGAAACCGUACCAGCCAACCACCGCGUGGAGGCUCGCGCAAAAAGCAACGAGAUCAGGAUCUUCGGCCAAGUAAGUCAAGGGUAAAUUUUCAAGAGCCGUCCGUCGUACCACCACCGCCGCUUGACCAUCCUCCCGAGCCUCGGCGGCAGCUAGCACCACGCCAAGAUCGGCGUCACGGUGGUAUAAGAUUUCCUAAAGAACAAAAAUCACCACCUUUAACUUGGUUAGGUGCUUGCUUGUGUGUAAUAUUUUGGCUUAUCAUAAUCAUAGGAGGCUUAAUAGUACUCAUAGUGUACUUGGUUUUUCGUCCACAAAUUCCUCAUUUUGAUGUGUCUAGUGUCACACUAAAUGCUGCAUACCUUGAUGUUGGUUAUCUACUCAAUGCUGAUUUAACUAUGCUGACCAAUUUCACAAAUCCAAACAAGAAAGUACAUGUGGAUUUCAGCUCAGUGAUUAUUUAUCUGUACUAUGGAAGUACCCUUAUUGCUACUCAAUAUGUUGAGCCUUUCUCAGCUGCAAGGGUUCAGUCAAGAUUUGCAUAUAUACAUAUGGUAACUAGUCAAGUUCAGCUGCCAUUAAAUGAGGCACAGAGGCUUAUGAAACAAAUGGAAAGCAAUGGAGUUUUGCUUGAAGUGAAGGGAGUUUUCAGAGCAAGAUCAAAACUAGGAACCAUCUUAAGGUAUUCAUAUAACCUUUAUGGCCGUUGCAGUAUCAUGGUGGCACGCCCUCCAGAAGGGAUAUUGAUAAGAAAGAAGUGCAGAACGAAACGAUGAUUUGGCAACACACACUGUAUCAUUGGAAUUUUUUUUGUUCUUGAAAAUUUGGGGGGGUUUUGUUUUACUCUAUUGCCUAUUCCUCCUAUAAAGGACAUCUUUAUUAAGGGGUUAACAUUUAUGUUUUAAUUUAUGAACAUGUAGUUUUCCUUUAAACUACAAAUUUGUAUCUCAAUUUUUUUAUGCACUAGAAUAAUCAGAAGUUAUCACAUUUAUU